ACAAACGGACUUCUUCAGGAGAGCAGCCAGGCUGAUCUCCAGCUGCCUACAGAAGCAGCAGACUACCAGGAAGACGGUGAAGACAACACCAAGAGAGCCUACAGAUGCAGCUGGUGCUCCAAAGCUUUCAAAAAGUCGAGCCAUCUGAAGCAACACAUCCGAUCCCACACAGGGGAGAAACCGUACGCAUGUCACCUCUGCGGACGAGGUUUUGUUUCGGCUGGAGUGCUGAAGUCCCAUCUCAACACACACACAGGGAUGAAGCCGUAUAAGUGUGACGUUUGUGAAGCUUCUUUCACUACUAAUGGAAGUCUGAGUCGGCAUGCGUUUAUCCACAGCAAGUCAUUCAAAUGCUCCAUGUGUAACGAGUGCUUCCGCACCAGUCUGUUUUGUAAAAAGCAUAUGAAGAAGGAGCACGGUGUGGAGGAAAAAGUUGUAGAUCUCGAGCCUCAAGACGGGGAUGACGACGACGAUGACGACGACGACGGAGAUCAAAAAACGUCCAAAAGGAGGAGUUUGGAGAUCAUCACUUUCACCGAGGAGCAGGCAGCCGAGCUGGCCAAGGACCCCGGAGAGGAGGCCUCCGUGUCGGAGCGGAUCCUCGCCCAGUCGGCGGCCGAGAGGGAUCGCAUCAGCGAGAUCAAGGACAAAGCGGUGGAGCUGGAAACCGAACCCAAGUUUGCCAACUGCUGCAGUUACUGCCCCAAGAGCUUCAAGAAGCCCAGCGACCUCGUCAGACACAUCAGGAUCCACACAGGUGAAAGACCUUACAAGUGUGACGAAUGUGGGAAGAGUUUUACGGUGAAAUCAACCCUCGACUGCCAUGUGAAAACACACACAGGUCAGAAACUGUUCAGCUGUCACAUGUGCAACACCUCCUUCUCCACAAAGGGCAGCCUUAAGGUGCACAUGCGCCUCCACACGGGCUCCAAGCCCUUCAAGUGUCCCUUCUGCGAACUGCGCUUCAGGACCUCGGGGCACCGCAAAACCCACAUCCAGUGCCACUUCCGGCCCAACAGCGACAGCCGCAAAUCCAAGCGCUCCUCCGCCGGCCACUCCAGACACAGCCAGGACUCAGGAACCGGGCAGACCGGGGCCUCCGGUCAGAGCCAGCAACCGGCGGCUUCUGAGCCGCUCCAGCCUGUGGGUCUGCUGCAGGCGCCCAGCUCUGACCCCAGCAUCUACCUUCCGACCAGUCAGGUUCUGAGCGGGCAGUUCGACCAGAACCUGCUGCAGCCGGGCCUCGUAAGCCAGGCCAUCCUGCCAGCCUCUAUGUCAGCUGCGGGAGACCUCACCGUUUCCCUCCCGGACGGCCUGACCACGCUGGACGGCAUCCACCUCCAGCUGACCCCGGCCAGCCUGGUGUGCCCCAACGUGCAGAUUUCUGGCAUCGACACGAGCAACAUCACACUCCAGAUCGACCCCGCCCUCCUCCAGCAGACCUUACAGCAGGGCCUGCUCUCUCAACCCCUGAGCGUCGACACCAGCCUGGUCUCUCACUCCGCCAACCAGCUCAUGUCGACCUCCGACCCCUCGGUGUCUGCCAACGUCGUCAUCCACCCUCUGACCAGCCUGUCCAUGCAGCCGCCCACCAUCUCCUCCCCCCAGGUCUCUAUGGCCGGACUGCCUGAGCAGGACGUCACGGGCCCCCAGGACUUGAACCACGUCAUGAGCAACGCUGGGCUCGUGGCGGGAAGCAACAGCAGCCAGGAGAUCACUCUGACCAUCAACAACUCCAGCCUCACGCAGGCUCUCGCUCAGGUCCAGGCUCAGGCCUCAGCGGCCGGUUCCAGCGCCGCACCGGGAAACCCUCAGGAGAUCACGCUCACCAUAUCAGGUCAAGAUCUGCUCCCCCAGCAUGGCAGCUCCAACGGCGCAGAGCUAAACGGCAGCAUCAGGCUGGCCUCGCCACUCAGCAGCCAACCCACCAGCGCAACGAUGACCAUCACCAACGACCACCUUCUACCUCAGAGCCCAGCCAACACCGGGAUGGCAGUAACCAGUUUGGCUCCCAGCACCACUCUGUCCCACACUGCUGCGUCCAAGAGCUUAGUGAUGUCACCAGGGGGUGUGGCCAGCGACGGCAGCGUCACCCUGACCCUCACGGACGCUCAGGGCAUGCUGGACGGUGUCACUCUAAACCUCAGUGCACAGGGUCAGACGUUUCCUGCGGUGCUAAAUGAGACUGGUAUACCGGGGCAGCCGGCCAGUUCAAGCCAGCAGGUCUUACUGGUCAGCCACCAUUCCCAGUCCACGAAUGGGGCAUCUGACAAUGGAUAUUUUAAUCCUGCUGACGGGGGGAAAGGUGGGAAAGACUCCCAGUUGGACAUGGAAAGCAGGAACCAGUGUUAUUACUGCAACCAGCUGUGCGAGAACGCCAACGCGCUGCGGCGGCACUGCAAACAGGCUCACGGCAAGGACCGCUGCCACGUCUGCGGCGUCUGCAAAAAGGCUUUCAAGCGAGCUACGCACCUCAAGGAGCAUGAGCGGGUGCACCAGCCGGGCCCUUCACCCAGCUCCCAGAAGCCCAGGGUCUUCAACUGUACGUCUUGUGCGAAGGCGUUUGCAAAGCGCAGCCAGCUGGAGAGACACAACCGAACACACACAGGCGAGCGGCCCUUUAAGUGCAGCCAGUGCGACAAGGCCUUUAACCAGAAGAGCGCUCUGCAGGUCCACAUGGUCAAACACACGGGAAAGAAGCCCUUUAAGUGCGAGGUGUGCAGCAUCAGCUUCACGCAGAAGAGCAACAUGAAACACCACAUGAAGAGAUCCCACGGAUACGCCGCUACAGGUCAACUACAAGACGUGUCCCUUGGCCAGGACGAGCCGGCGCCUCAGGUGGAGGUAUCGCCCGAGCUGGACCUGGAAGUGGUUCCGGAACCCACCGGAGACUGGCACAACGUGUUCCCCUGACUGCACUCGCAGAGUUUUGCAGCAAAAGUUUGCCGAACGUCUAAAUGGGGAGAGAAAAAAAAAAAGAAAGCUUUCUGACUUUUUAAAUAAGUUAGAAGGGAGGCUUCGUCCGCCGCCUUGCUGCUUUGUCACAAUUAGCGGUGAAGUGAAGGGAGCGCGCGCCUCUCCCGCGCCGCAGGAAGGGCUUAGUGACUUUUAUCUGUUUGGCUGCUCUCUGAUUAUCAUCGGCCUCCGGAGAGGCGUGGCUCAAUCAGCCAGAGCUUCCCAGAGAGAGCUGGGCGCUCAGCAGCCCCACAGAGAAACGGAGUCUGUCACAUACCGAUGUAACAGAGAGACGGGAGGCAAACCACAUUCGCCGUCACGGCCGACCAGUUACCACCGGUUUAUGAAAUAUUUGUCACUUUUGUUGACAUGUUUAUACUGUAAAGACCACGCCUGGAAGUGAUGUCAUUUUCAGCUCGCUCGACGAAGGAGGCCGAUCUCUCGGCGAUGUCAUGAUUGAGUUUGCUGCUGCGUCGUUUGGACCGACAUCGGCAGCUCGUUUACUGUAGUUACAGCAGCGUUGUAAAUACUGCAGCUAGAAGGCGUAUAUUUUCUGAAAAACACUGGGAAAAAACAGAUUGUUUGCAUAAAUGUAAUUUUAGCACAUUAUCAAGUAAAGCCAAGAUGGUACUCCUUUGUUUUUGCUUUUUUGUUUGUUUCUUUUUUUUUUUUGUAGUUUUAUUUUCUAUUGGUGACUU